UAAUGUAGGAGACACUUCACACUCUGAUGUCCAAUGGAUUGGUAACCUGAUCAGCCUUUGCAUUUCCUCUAUUCAAGCAGAACAUUUUAAUAUAGUAAAACAUGGUAAACUAUGAUUCACUCCCACCUCCCAUUAGUUCUUCUAACCCUUGUAUCAUUAUGUCUGCAUGUUUCCCCCUUGGGUCUACCAAAGGAGCCCUCAGCAGACGUCAAGCUGAUGACCGGAGCAGGAAAGAAGGACAAGAAGGCCGAUGAGGAGCAGCCUGCAGCACCUCCUGCAGCUUCAGCAGUGAAGGAGGAAGAGGAGUAUGUGGUGGAGAAGGUUUUGGACCGGAGAGAUGUGAAGGGAAGAGUCGAGUUCCUUCUGAAAUGGGAGGGGUUCUCAGAUGAGGAUAACACAUGGGAGCCGCAAGAAAACCUGGACCCCGACCUUAUCACUGAGUACAUGCAGAAACAUAAGGAGACGGAGGAGAAGAAGGAGGGCAAGAGGAAAGUUUUCAGUGAGGCAUGGGGAGACUCAGAGGAGCGAGGGAGCAAGAGGAAGAAGGAGGAGGAGCCCUCAGCAGACGUCAAGCUGAUGACCGGAGCAGGAAAGAAGGACAAGAAGGCCGAUGAGGAGCAGCCUGCAGCACCUCCUGCAGCUUCAGCAGUGAAGGAGGAAGAGGAGUAUGUGGUGGAGAAGGUUUUGGACCGGAGAGAUGUGAAGGGAAGAGUCGAGUUCCUUCUGAAAUGGGAGGGGUUCUCAGAUGAGGAUAACACAUGGGAGCCGCAAGAAAACCUGGACCCCGACCUUAUCACUGAGUACAUGCAGAAACAUAAGGAGACGGAGGAGAAGAAGGAGGGCAAGAGGAAAGUUUUCAGUGAGGCAUGGGGAGACUCAGAGGAGCGAGGGAGCAAGAGGAAGAAGGAGGAGUCUAAUCCGGACAAGGGACGCCAGUGGAUAUUUUUCCAUAUACGUACUAGACAACUACAACCCGCAGAGGCACUGGUAAAAGUUGAGCCAACCCUGGAGCAGAACUCCUCCUCUUCCAUUUUAUCACCAUCGCCAUUGCCUGCUGUCCUUGAAAACCCUGAAACCAACCCAUAUGCCAAGAAACGCAAAAAGAAAAGAAAGAAGAACCAGAUUCAAGCCCCCUCUACUACCUCUGCCAAAGUGUCCAGAGGUACCCAAACUGGACCAGAGGCCUCUACCCCUCAGAGACCUGAGGAACCAGAAGGACCAGCCUUCAAAAUCUACCGACUUGGUCAAGUAAAUGGAAGAUGGAAGCAAACCAAAAUUCACCCGCGUGCAACUGGGAAUCCAGGUAUGUGGAAAUACUUCACCCAUGUGAAGCCUGGACGUUUCCAACACCCUUGGAUGGUUCUCCCCACCAAAGAGAAUAUGGAUUACUUCACCCAGAAUUCCAUUUGUCUGAAGACAAUAAACUCUGACUCCUCUGCUGAAGGAGGACACAUCCCUGUUAACAAACAGUGGCAUGUGUUUACUGCAACAAGCAACAAGUUCCUGAUACUCACAGACUGUAACCAGGACCCAUUGGCAAUCAUCUUGGACCAGAUAAAAGUCUGAACAUUACAACCUUUUAUAUUUUCAAAGGAGGUUCAGUUGAAAACCCCAAAAAACAGCUAAAACUAUAUUGCUGCUUAAAAUAUAUGAAUCUCUACUGCAUUAUACAAAAUAUAUAGCAUGCUAUGACUAUUGCCUUAGCUUGUAGAAAGUACUGACAGAGGAAGAAGCCCAUAGUAGGUCAGCCACGGAUGUUAGAUUUCUAAAUGCAUAUAAUGUAUAACACAUAUGAGUUUCCUGUAAGCAUGUUCUGCAUUAUGGUGAACAAACCCUGCUGCGUCUGAGGGAGU